AUGCUCAGCCAACUGUCCCGGGUUUCGCGCGCUCGCUCCGCCGUUGCGGCCGUUUCUCGAGUCGCCCGACCCAAUGCCGUCCAGAUGAGGGGCUUCAUUGCUCCCACCGUCUCUCGGAGAGCCGACUUCGUCCAGGAGCUCUACCUCAAGGAGCUCAAGGCCUACAAGAUCCCCGCCGUCAAGGAGACCGACUCUGAGGGCCAGGUCCAGACCUUCAACGCCCCCAAGACCCCCGCCUCCCCUGAGGAGACCGACCUCGCUGGCAGCCUGAAGGAGUACGAGAGCAUGGCCGUCGAGAUUGAGGGCCAGGACGCCUCUGCCCAGACCGCCUCUGGCACCCCCGAGGUUGCUGACUGGCUCGAGGCCGAGGAGGAGGAUGAGGCUCACCACUAA